AUGACAGCCUCGCAGGAUAUCGCGCCACUCCAUUCACACAGCUCGGAAGAGGUGCCUAAGCGGCCGAAAGGAAUCCUAAAGAAUUCAUCCUCGUUCACUGCCACCGCCCCGCUGCUGGCAACGUCACCAGAAGCGUCCUCCGCUAUAUCGCCGCCAACUUUACCAGCAGAUUCAGCCGAGAAUAAAGAUAUCACUUUACAAAACACGCUGCAGAAUGCCGGCCGCCGCUCGUCCAGCGCCCGACGCACUUCCGGUGCCGGAAGACGCCUGUCUGGAACCACGUUUAACGGCGACCAGAACAGCGAUGACAGGUCGUCUCACCUGAAAUGGGACGAGGCGAAUCUAUAUCUCGCCGAGCAGGAAAAGACUGCAAAGAUGAAGAUUGACGAACCAAAGACGCCCUGGGCGCCUAGCUACGACCCGUCACAGGACGACCGCGACCAGAUGCAAAUAGAAGCGCAGGACCACACUCUGGACGUACAUGAUCUAGUCGUGGACGAACUGGACAAGAAAUCAGACGGCGGUAGCCACCCAAAGAAAUCCGUACAGGACAGCGAAAUCCCAGACUUCGAACUGGGCGAACCAGAAGAAAACUUCCAUGCUGCCGGCGGCCCAUCGGCCGGUGAAAGCCGCAUCAUGCGCGAGCGCAGUCUCAGUCAAAACUCGAACCGUAGUGAUAAGCAUGUGGUUGUCGAUAACAAGGAACUCAAUCAUGCCGAUCAUCUGAUGACAACCGAGGAGUCGGAGGAAAAACACCGCGAGUUUGAGGAGCAUCGUAAGAGGCAUUACGAGAUGAAGAAUAUCAAGGAUUUGCUAGCUCACCCCGAGGAAGUAGACAAUAUGGACGAUGAUGACGACGAAAACGACACUGGAGUUCCUCCGAUCCCACAUCGCAAGCAGUAG